AUGCAUAUCGAGGUUAGCGUAGCGUUGAACUUUGUGAUCUCGUACCUGUACAACAAAUUACCCAGACGGCGUGUGAACAUAUUCGGCGAAGAGCUGGAAAAGUGCCUGACGGAGAAAUUCGCUGGGCACUGGUACCCGGAGAAACCUUACCGCGGCUCGGCGUACCGGUGCAUCAAGACUGGAUCUCCGAUCGACCCGGUGUUCGAGAAGGCGGCCCGCGAGAGCGGCGUGGCCAUACAGGACAUCCUGGAGAACUUGCCACAGGAUCUGGCCGUGUGGGUGGACCCGGGCGAGGUCAGUUACCGCAUCGGCGAGAAGGGUGCCGUGAAGAUCUUGUACAACGAGAACAGCGGCGGCCUCCAGUUCGACACCCACGACGACCGGACCGCCGACCGAGAGGUAGUCAAAACGUUCAACCCCGAAGCACAGUGUUUCCGGCCCAUCGAUUCGGUAGCGUCCAGCUUGAGUUCUCUGAGCAUUUCGCCACCGGACAAGUGUUCGGUCGGUUCGCCAACGCUUGGCAGCGGUUCCAACAACUCGUCGCCGACGCAUCAUAACCACCUCCACCACCACCACCAACAACAACACCAUCCUCACCACCAGCAACAGCAAAUACAGCUACAACAGUCGCAGCACAAUCCGCUGUUGUUCGGCAAGCCAUGUGGCGGAAGCAGCAGCAGCAGUAGUAGCAGCAGCAGCAGUAGCAGCAGCAGCAGCACUGCAAGCAACGGCAACAGUCAGCAAUCGCCGCUGCAGCAGCAGCAGCAACAGCAGCCGCGGAGCCCGAACGGUGCAGGUCCGGCAGUCGCGGUCGCGGCCGGCGCUUACGUGCCGUGCCGACAGCCGUCCGUACCGUUGACUUUCACCACGGCAUCGUUCGCGCAGACCAAGUUCGGCAGCACCAAACUCAAGUCCAACAACAAACGAGCUAACAGGAUGUCGCCGACCGAGUUCGCUAACUACAUCAAGCAGCGGGCGGCCAUGCAACAACAACAGCAACGUCCGGCGUCGCCGGUGCAGCAACACCACCGGGGCGGCCAGAAUGGCGACGCGGCGUCCAACUACUUCUUCCAGCAGCAGCAGUACAACCACCAAGGCGGCGUUGGCGGUGCCGGUUACCAAAGGCCGCGGCAGUCCAACGGAGGCGGUUAUCACCGGAACAGCGGCAACAUGGCCACCGCGGAUUACGCACCACCGCAAUUGCAGUUCGCCAGCGGCGGCGGUAGCGGUUGGCAGAACUUCGGAGGCGAUUUCGGGCCACAACACUUUCGCGGCUCGCCCAUGGGUCCGCUGUCACCGGCCAAUUAUGGGACGGGACAACAAAUGCAGUCAGCCGUGACUCCGAUGCAUCAGCAGCAGCAACAGCAGCAGCAGCAACAACAACAACAACAGCAAAAGAUGCAGGACAACUACAACGCCAUGGGACUGGGAUCGUCGACGUCGUCGUCGUACAGGUCCAGUCCUUUCCAACAUUUGUUGGUGGCCAACUGA